AUGUACAACUCGCAGAGCCUACCGAGGCAACGUUUUUUGGUCCCGGUUCUUCCACCCGCGAUUCAGAAUGGAGCUGGACCGCUUCCGUUUGGGAUGAUGCGGCCGCUACCUCAGCCUCAACAAGCUCCAUCUGAGCAUGAGAUCCUGAGGCUCAGGAAUGAUAUUGAUACGCUCUCCGAGCAACUCACCGAAAUGCGCGCUCAACUCUGCUCGGCUUGCUUAUCGGUCGAUUCAAGGUUAUCGACAGCUCUACAUACCCCGUUUGAAGAAGAUGCCCAACCCACCCCGUCACCUAGCAGACUUUUGAUGUCUGCCGCCGCCAUGAAACCGCUUCAGCAUAUGAACGUUACGUUACCAAGGCGAGAGUUGACGAUGCUGAACCCGUUGAUGCCGAUCCGGCCACCCUUCCCUCCACCGCCAAAGCCUCAAAAAGUGUACGCUGAAACGAGUUGCAGCGGAAGAAGCCAAGCGAGUACAAGCUCCAUCUCAAUCACAAUUCGCUGGAACGCUGUUUGGACGAUCGGCGAGGAAUCAGCAGAUUCGGAAGAGAAUCUACUAGCCUUUUUGCAGCGCGCUUUUAGCGAGAGUGUUUGCUGGUUUGAAGCUCGCUCCCUACUGCUUUUUGUAAAUCCCUACAAUUGCAUUACCAUGCCAACGCGAACAUUUCGGUAUUCGGCCAUCAGCCGUUUGAUUACGUACUCACUGCGACAAGCGGAAAUGAUCAUAUUGUUCACUGGCGAGAGCGGAUCCGGAAAAUCGUUCCUAGCCGAGCAAGCAAUCCUGGGACUCGUUGAGAGGACAGCAAAGCCGAAUUCUGUAAUUUUGGGAGCUAUUCAAUCCUCGAUUCUGCUUCUACAAGCCCUGAACUCGGUGACGACGCCGAUAAAUCCGAGGAGCAGCCGGAUGGUCCAUUGGUGGGAAGUUAACGUGAAAGACGGACGUCUUCAACGAGUUGUCCUACGUCAUUUCCUCUCCGAAGCAUCUUCAAAACGUUGUCAAGCCUCAAUUUUCACCACUAUUGCAUCCCAGAUGAGCUCCGCUGAGAAAGAAAAAUUCCGCAUCUCCGGCUUUCAACUCGGCUACGGUACUACCGCUAAUAUAAGUUUAACGGAUAUAAAGGCUGCUUUGAGCUCGCUAUGUCUGCCAUUUGAGGAUGCUUUUCGAAUCUUGGCCGCCUGUGCGUUGCUGAAUAAUUUGAUGUUUUACGAGGCGGAGGAUGGGGUGGAUAUUGAGAAUAUUACUGAUAUGGAAGACGCUGCCUUCCUGCUUGGUCUAUCUGCUCUAUCCCUCUUCAAGCGCCUAAUCUCCAGAUCGGUGAUCGUGCACAAGGAAGAGGCGACUGGGAUGAAGACGUUAUCUAUUGCACGUCUCGAACGUGAUCACCUCGUGGCUGCCCUCUACUCGAGAUUUGUCCAAACCGUAAUCCGACGUACAAAUGCCUUGCUCGAAAUCUCGAUAAAUAACGAGUCGGAGGACGGCAGUGUUAAUGAUGAUUCCGGAAUGGGUAGCGUCACGGAAAUCGGAUCAAGUCGAGUCGAUAUUAUUGAUAUUUGCGGUCUCACUGGGGUCAAUCAGCGCGGGACUCGAACUUUGCAUGAAUUAUGCGCAAAUAUGGCUGCUGAAAAGACGAGGCAUUUCUUCAUGAGAACAACACUACCGCAUCGAGAGGUCAAAGAAACGAGUCUUUUCAUGGAUUUUUUGAAACCAAAAUUCGGCUUCUUCAACAUCGUAGACCAGGCUUGCGAUAAUUCGCGGGGUUCUAUGCAAAACGUGAUAGAAAUGGUCCAACAGCGAAAAAGCGAUUUCACCUUUAUUCACGUCUCUCCCGAGGAAAUCCUGGUACGGCAUUAUGAAGGCAGGGUCCCGAUUUCGUAUAACAUUACCAAGAUUGUGGAGAAUAAUCGGAAUACUAUAAGAAAGGAAAUGGUCCGCCUCUUCGACGCUAAAAGCACUUCUUUCAAAUUGGUGGCUUCCUUAUUUUCUGGUGACUUGAAUGCGAUGGCACAAAGCGAUCAAUAUCAGCCUCGUGUCCUGAAAUGCCCAGCCGUCGACUCGGACCAAACCUUCUCGCAGCAAUUCCUCAACAAAGUUGAUACACUCUUGAAAAAAUGUGCCUCUAGGCCUCAUCAAAUUGUGCAUUGCAUGAAGACCAACAACACGUGCGAUUUCUCAAAGUUUAACGCCGAUAUCGUGAGGCUCCAAAUGAAGCAGUGGCAGCUGCAGAAAGCAAUCUCGAAUGUGGAAAUGGAGGAUAAAGAAAUUAUUCCGCCGCUCGAUUCAAAGACCAUUGGUAUCAUCAAAUUACCCCCAGAGCGCUCUUAUGCCAUAAGGAACAAUCGGAAACACUACUUUCCACAGCGCCGGACGAUGGUCGUGGAUUACCAAGAUAUGACUUCCGGAGUGUCACUGCGAGCUGGCGAUGUCGUGAAUACUUUAUCUUUUCACUCUGAGGACGCUUACUUGAUAAUGACGGCCAAUGACGAGCGGGCGGCGGUCCCGUGCAGAUUCACCGAAAAAUCUAUACUUCCUGCAACUGUAUUUAAUGUA